CACGCUAUUUUUCCACCGCAAAAAGUAAAAGUACCCAGCAAUCAUCCCCAACCGAUCUCUGCAACAUUGACAACGUAGCAAAAUGCAUACAGCGCUUGUCACAUCUUGGGACCAUCUCCCAACAUAUGCCGAAGUCGAAACCCCUGCCUUCCCAAGCGAAGGCUCGGACAUCGUGCAAAUCAAGCUUAUAGCCACGGGUCUUCACAGGCUCGUCAAAUCCCGAGCAGCCGGGACUCACUACUCGGCCAAGACACUCCCUCACAUCCCCGGCGUGGAUGGAGUUGGUACUACACCUUCGGGCCAAGUAGUCUAUUUUUCAACCAUUGGCACCGGCGGCUCUUUCAGCGAGGUUAUCAAUGUGCCAAAGAAAGAUACCACCCCUUUGCCAGUCGGGGUAGAUCCUCUGCAAGCGGCUGCGUUAGUGAAUCCCGCUCUGUCCAGUUGGUUGGCACUCGCAUAUAGGACGUUCAAUCUUCCUGAGAAUUUCACGGCAGUGAUUCAUGGUGUCACUACUGCUUCGGGAGCUAUUUCAAUCAAUGUCGCCAAGGCUUUGGGUGCCGGGAGAGUUAUUGGAGUAGCGAGGAAUGCGAAGGCGAUGGAGGCUUUAGAUCUAGAUCAGAGAAUCACCCUCCGUGAGAAGAUCGAGGAGACGGACUUUUCGACGUUAGGAGAUGUGGAUGUCGUGUUGGACUACCUUUAUGGGGCGCCGGUGGUGCAUCUGUUGAAGAGCUUGAAUUCGAAGAGGCCGGUGCAAGUCGUGCAGAUUGGGAGCAUGGCUGGAACGGAAGCCGCGUUGCCGGGUGCGGUAUUGAGGAGUAAAGAUAUCACUUUGAGGGGUUCGGGUCCGGGCGCGUUCAAGAUAAGUGAUCUGGUGGACUCACUGCCUGGCUUGUUGAACGUGCUGAAGAGCGUUCCCGAAAGGGACUUGAGGGUGGUGAGUCUAGUUGAUGUGAAGAAGGUCUGGAAUCAAGGAGGUGAAAGGAUAGUCUUCAUUCCAUAGUGAAUCGAUAGUUACAGAUGAAAUAUGAUAGUAACUUAUUCGCUCUCCAU